UACACAACUGAAAGGUGAAUUUUAUCACAUCUUUCUACCAAUUUCUCCACAAAGUAUUAUUAUUUAUGUAAUUUUUGGUCGCUAAUCAAUAAAAAAUUGUUGAUAACUAUGAGCGGUGGAUUGAAAGAUUUCGGAAAACGAUGGAUUGUGACAAUUGUAAUGGUGCCAUCAAUUGCUGUGGUACAUAUGGUUUGGUUGAAACUUCAAGAUGUUCCAACACUAGUCAAACCCGAAGAGAAACAAGGAUUUCCACAUUUGGCAAUAUUUCACAAAAUGCACUCAGCGCAGCACUUUGACAGCAGGAUUCGAUCUUUUACCCACCAACCAGAUUAAACUAAAUUUGCGGAGAAGAAAAGUAAUAAAACAAAUUUCUACGACUGUUUUGCACA